GGCGUACACUCUCUGAAAUGGAACUUUGAAGGUAGCAAGGGUCGCCAUGAUGGUCGGAGAUCGGAAAACAGGGUUGCCGGAGGACUCCGAUGCUCACUGAGAUUUCCCACGCAAGAGACCGUUCAACCUCAAUUGGAAGGAAACAAGCUGGUCUAGUUUCGGUACCCCCGGUAUAAUCAUGUGAACUAAGACUAGCAGAGGAAUAUUGACCCUCAAGCCCCCAGCCUCGGCCACCACCUUCAUCAAUCAUGUCCCACGGGUAAAUCACCAACCCAUGUCCCUACGAGCUGCAGGGCUCUUCGCCACCAUCCCGUUCAAAGUGCUCGCCGUUCACCAUUUCCCCAUUGAGUUGGCAGAUCCCCGCUCCAGAGAUGCCUUCACAAUAAGUAAUUGGCCGAGCUUGCGAGGCGAUUGUGCUGCACGUAUUAGCCUAUGUAAAUACCGGUUUCGUGCUUUCCGUGAUAUUGUUCCCGACUCUUCCAGCGAUAUCCCGUAGGCGUCCCCAAUUGAGCAUUGACGCCACAAGUGGGGGCCAUUUCAGAACCAACUAGACUUACAUCCGAG